AUGCUCCUUCGGCCUCGCGCUCCGCCCUCUUCCUUUAGCGGAAAAAAAGUGCCGUGCCGUGUGCCCUCACGCCGCCUCCACGCUGCGAUCCGGAGCCGGACAGACCCAGGGGGAAAGAUGUCUCUGGGUGGAACGCCAAUCACCGUCUUGCAGUUGCCCGGGGGACAGCUCCAGGUUCAGGGGGUGAUUCAGUCGGCUCAGUCCUCGGUCAUCCAGUCUCCACAAGGGCACACUCCACAGCCUCAGGGAUCGGACUCUGACGACUCCCAGGACUCGUCAGACAGCGGAGCCGCGACGCCCAAGAGAGAGAGUUUGGCCCGAAGACCCUCCUACAGAAAAAUCCUCAAUGAUCUGUCCUCAGAGGCCGGAGCAGAGACCGGGGUCAGCGGGGUCCCGUCCACACCCAUCUACCAGACCAGCACCGGACAAUACGUCACUAUCGGUGCAAAUGGGACAAUCCAGUUGGCCACGGGCUCCGAAGGGCUCCAGGCACUGACCAUGCCCAGCGGUGGAGCGGGUCCUGGGACCACCAUCCUGCAGUACGCCCAGACUCCAGACGGACAGCAGAUCCUGGUGCCCAGUAACCAGGUGGUGGUACAAGGAGCCGGAGGGGAGAUGCAGACGUACCAGAUCCGCACAGCGCCCUCGUCCAGCGCCGGCCAGGCCCUCGUCAUGACAACGGGAAUGUCCCAAACGAAGAGCGACGACCCCACCAUGAAAAGGGAGAUCCGGCUUGCCAAAAACAGGGAGGCAGCUCGCGAGUGUCGGCGAAAGAAGAAGGAAUAUGUGAAAUGUUUGGAAAACCGCGUGGCUGUUCUGGAAAACCAAAACAAGACGCUCAUAGAGGAACUCAAAACUUUAAAGGACUUGUAUUGUGUGAAAACUGGUUAA